AUGGAUGACGCGCUGAGUAUGUUCGACGCCUUCACGGCCGCUACCACCAACAAGGUUUCGGAGUACGAAAAUGAAGGAUUCACAAAGGCUCCGAGGUUCAUGGACGCUGCCCAGCACAGGUUGGCUGCGCAGGUCGUUCUGGAGAAACUACCUGGCGGCAAGAACUGCACUCACCAUAGACUGAAGCCAGCAAACUACGAAACCCCGGAGCAGCCAGCAGGUGAACCUGCAAGGACGUAUCCAUUCACGCUUGACGAGUUCCAGAAGAAGUCCAUCGACUGUCUGGAACGAGGGGAAAGCGUUCUUGUCUGUGCCCACACCUCAGCUGGAAAGACUGCCGUUGCCGAAUACGCCAUUGCAAUGGGCCUCCGCGACAAGAGACGCAUCAUAUACACGAGCCCUAUAAAGGCCCUGAGCAACCAGAAGUACAGGAACUUGUGCGACGAGUUCGUCGACGUUGGACUGAUGACGGGGGACGUCACGCUUAACCCCGACGCCUCAGUCAUGGUCAUGACUACUGAAAUUCUGAGGUCUAUGCUGUAUAGAGGCAGUGAAAUCGUGCAGGAAAUGAAAUGGGUCAUUUUCGACGAGGUGCACUACAUGCGUGACGCCGAGAGAGGGGUUGUGUGGGAGGAGACAAUCAUCCUCAUACCGCAAAAGGUGCACCUGGUGUUCCUUUCAGCAACGAUACCCAACUCCAUCGAAUUCGCCGAGUGGAUUUGCAGAAUUAAGAACAUGCCAUGUAACGUCAUUUCCACGGACUACCGUCCCACGCCACUGCAGCACUAUAUAUAUGCGCCGCAGUCAAACGGGGUCUACCUGGUCGUCGAUGAUUCCGGUAGGUUCCGGCAAGAUGCGUUUUUGAGAGCCGUAAGCACGCUGGAUUCCUUGGAAGAAGGAAGACGGAAAAGGGGCCGUAACACAAAGGAUAUCGAAUCGGUAGUUGCGAUGUGCCACGAAAAAAAAUUCACGCCCGUCAUAGUGUUCGCAUUCUCCAAAGCAGAGUGCGAGGCUAACGCAACGGCUCUUCGGACGCUCGAUAUGACUGACGAGGCGGAGAAAAACCUCAUCACGGAAAUAUACCAAAAUGCGAUGGCCACCCUUGCCGAUGAUGACCGGACAUUGCCGCAGGCUGUAUUCAUGCUCCCGCUUCUCAAGAGGGGCGUGGGCAUACAUCACGGAGGCCUGCUACCGAUUAUAAAGGAGAUAAUAGAAAUCCUCUUCCAAGAAGGGCUCAUCAAGGUGCUCUUCAGCACUGAAACGUUCUCCAUGGGUGUCAACAUGCCGGCAAGAUGCGUGGUGUUCACCAGCCUCAACAAGUGGGAUGGUCAGACGAACAGGCUCAUCACAUCUGGCGAGUACAUACAGAUGGCCGGGCGUGCAGGCAGACGUGGGCUGGAUGAGCAUGGUCUGGUCAUCAUCAUGAUGGAAAAGGGCAUAAAACCCGAGGAAGCCAAAUCCAUCUUCAUGGGGAAGGCCAACAGGUUGGACAGCUCGUUCCAUCUAGGCUAUAAUAUGCUGCUCAACCUCAUACGCAUAGAAAACACCACGCCGGAGUUCUUGAUAGAACGUUCGUUCCUACAGUUCCAGAGGGACACCAACGCAAGAAGCUACCAGAAGGAACUCAUGAGCGUGAGGAAGGACAUGGAAGAAAAGAAAUCGUUGCUUAAGCAUGAGGAUUUGCUGGAACUCACGAAUGUCCACACCUUGCGCAAGGAAAUAGCCGACAAAAAGGACGCCGUUGGCCGGCUUGUCUCCAAGGAUUUGAGGAUGCUGAACUUUCUCAAUUUCGGGCGGCUAGUGAAGCUCGAAAACGAAGGCAACGUCUGGGAAUGGGGCAUAGUGUUCGCGACGCCCAAGGUCAAGGUGAACAGGAGCACGUACGAAAAGCAGAAGUUUUACAUUGUGGACUGUUUGGUGCUGUGCGAUCGUGCGAGCGUUAGCGGGAACAAAAAGGACAUGCCACUGCCAACAUCCAAUAUCGCCGAUGGGCUGUUCGUCGUGGUGCCGUUCUCGGUAGACUGUGUCAAGGAAAUCAGCCAGAUAAGGAUGCAGGUGCAGCAGGACUUCAGAGUGAACAGUGAGCUCUCCCAAAUGAACAUGCGAGCCAAGUACACGCAACUUGUGGAAUACAUGAAGACACUACCAUCUGUGCCGAUGUUGGACCCUGUGGAACACAUCAAAAUAGACACCCCGGAGAUGAAGGGGCUGCUCACCCAAAUUACAGAGCUCGAAAAACGUUUGAGCAGCUGCAAGGUGCUCGCUAGCGGCGACUAUGAAACGAAGUACGAUCUUUUCAUGGAUUACGUAAAGACCCAAACCAAGGAAAGGGAUGUGCUGCGCCACAUCGAGAUGUCCAACCAAAUCGUAAUGAAGGAAGACUUACGACACAUGAAGGCAGUAUUGAGAAAGCUCAACUAUGUCGACGAAAACGGCGUUGUCACCAUAAAGGGUAACGUCGCGUGUGAGAUAAACGCAACAGACGAACUGGUUGUUGCGGAAAUGUUCCUGCGAAACUUCUUCGAAAACAUGGAGCCGGAGUACAUAUGCGCUUCCCUCAGCUGUCUCGUAGUCGACGAGAAGAAGGAUGACAAGCUUCCGAGCGACAUGAAGCUGUUCGAAGCGUUCAAAAAUAUUCAGGAUAUAGCUCGUCAAAUCGCAACUGUAAUGGCAGAAAAUCAUCUAGAUGUGAAUGUCGAAGAGUUCGUAAAGAAAUUCAAGCCAGCUAUGAUGACGGUCGUGCUCAGGUGGGCAAAGGGGCACUCGUUCACAGAGGUGAUGGCGGAAUCCAACCUGUUCGAGGGCUCCGUCAUUCGAUGCGUGAGACGGCUGGAGGAGCUCCUGAGGCAACUGGCGUGUACGUCGCGUAACAUAGGCAACCUGCAGAUGGAGCAGACAUUCGUGACGUGCAUCAAGAAAUUGAAGAAGGGGAUCAUUUUCACUUCAUCACUAUAUUUGUAA